AGAUUGAUGUUACAAUAAGGAGAUCCUGACUCACUCUUCAUCUUCGUUCGUUAUUCAAAUGUGUUAAUGUAACAAAACUCAUAGGGAUAAAAGAUUGACGUUACAAUAAGGAGAUCCUGACUCACUCUUCAUCUUCGUUCGUUAUUCAAAUGUGUUUAUGCAACAAAACUCAUAAGGAUAAAAUAUUGAUAUUACAAUAAGGUACGUAACAUGUAAAGAACUAAAGCAAGCAUAAUUUUGUCCACACGAUCGUCGUAUAUGAAGUCUUAUUUCUAAAACAAAGGUAAUUUUACUUUAAAAUGGCUUCACCUCCUAAAAAGUUAAAGAUUGAGGCAAACGGAUCUCGUUUAAGUAAACUCUUAAUAAAUAAAGGAACACAAGCUUUGAAAACAACAUUGCAGUUUAAUAUAAAUUUUCGUUCGUCAAACCUAAGCAAUGAGCUUAAUAAACCCUCAAAUAAAAGUACACUGGAAUCAUUAAGAAAAAGAAACGUCAUCAACAGAGAGCAAUGGAACCUUCUUUACCCAUCAAUUGGCUCACCUGACAUUGAAAACUUUGACAUUUCAUUAUUGACUAUCCUGUUACGAAACGUUUGUGGCUUAACGGAACCAUCUGGUGGAUGGAACAAUCUUCCUUCCUCUUCAGAUACUUCAAUCUCAGCAAAUAUUGCAAGAAUAAAGUUUUAUCGAAACAAAGUGUACGGUCACAUAACUACAACUAGUGUAGAUGACCGUGAGUUUGAGUACUUGUGGCAGAAAAUUUCAAAAGCUUUGGUUGGUCUGGGUAUUGAACAAACUGAAAUAGAUGAAUUAAAGAAAGCUCCACUCACUGCCGAUGAGGCAAAUUAUAUUGAAAUGUUAAAAAACUGGUCUACUUUUGCUGAGAAAACAAAAGAAGAUGUGGAAAAUAUAAAAAAUGACAUGGAGGAAAUCAAAGAAAUUGUGUCAACAAAAGCUGAUGUAGCUGAAAUUACUCAAGAGACGGCAACAAAAGCUGAUGUAGCUGAAAUUAAACAAGAUAUGGCAACAAAAGCUGAUGUAAUCAGAGUGAAAGAAAUGAUACAGGACAAAAUAUGCUCAGAUCUUCAAAAGCUUGGAAAGUGUAAUUUUAAUGGUCUUAUAAAAGAUCUCAACAAGAAAUACCUUGAAGGCACUAGAGAAUGGUUAUUUGAAAAACUCGACACUUGGUUUAACGAUAAAAGUGAAAAUGCUUCUAAUGUCAUGAUUUUAAUUGCUGGUCCCGGCGUUGGUAAAAGUGUGUUUGCUGCUGAGGUGUGUCGACGAUAUUCUGAAAAGAAGAAACUUGCUGCUUCUCAUUUCUGCAGGUAUAAUCGAUCAGACGAGAGGAAUCCUCGAAUGUUGAUAGAAUCAUUGGCCAGUAGCAUGUGUGAUACAAUAUCAGAUUUUAAAAAUGAAAGUCAAGUUGAUGGCAAAAGUGAAUUGUUGGAAUUGAUUGCAGAAGAGUUUCACCGACUGCCUAAAUGGAUUAAAAUUUUCAUCACCAGUCGUCCAGAACUUCCUGUUCAAGAGGAGUUAAAUGACAUGAAUCCUUUGAAAAUUACAACUCAUCCUCGUAAUGGAAACAACGAAAAAGACCUGUACAAGUAUUUGAGACAUCAGUUGAAUGAUCGCUACCUUCCUCAGGCAUUAGUUGAAAAAUGUGAGGGAUCAUUUCUUUAUGCGUAUUACGCACAACUGAGCUUGAAAGAAGAAAAUAUUGAGCUUACUUACGAAAACAUUCAACAAUUGGUCCCUAGUGGGUUAAGCGGUGUUUACAAAAAGCAAUUCAAAAGAGUAAAAGAAUUGUUAACGAAGGAAAGUCCCAGAAAUUCUAUUAUUUCAGAUACUACUUUUAUGCAAUUUCUUGAAUUGUUGGCUGCCUGUCAAGAGUUUUUACCAUUAACUUUACUGUUUAGCUAUUUAGGUUUUUCUGGUGACAUCAAGUUUGAAAUUCGCAGUAAAAUCAUUGAACCGUUAUCUCAAAUUUUGCCAGUUUACGAUGAUUGUUUAACCGUGUAUCACAAAUCCCUAAUUGAUUGGUUGAAAUCAGAUGGUUACAAACAGCAUGAGUUUACAGUUAAUCCAAAAAAUGGACAUAAGUUCUUAUGGCAUGCUUGUGAGAAACUGUUUAAACAAAUUACAUUCAAGUCGCUGAACAUUUUUGAAGAUCAUCAGAUGAACACUCCUAUGAUUCAAUAUGCUUUGAAAAAUGGAAUCCACCAUAUGAUAGAAUAUAGCGAAAAUGUUGAUUUUAGCUGGGCAGUAGAUGUCAAAGUGGUUUAUGCGAGGUUUAUGUUUGUGGAAGGCAUUGACUUGAAUACCAUUAGGUCAGAAUUGCUUAAAAUCACUAAGGAUAUACGAACUUUCUUGAGAAAAGAUGUACUUGAGGAACUACUAUUUCAUUUGUUUAUGACAAAGAGAGAUGAGAUAUAUAAGAUUGAUGAUAGUUUAUUAAUUUGUUUACAAAGUUUUGCAAACAGAAUUCAUGGCAGUAACGAAAGAAGAUUAUUGGCAAGGGAUUUAUUGAAACAAGGAAGGUUUUCUUGGUUUGAGGAUUUAGACACAACAUAUUUAACAAACCAUCAUCAUUUGACUGUCUCCUUGUGUGCUAACGUUACAUGUCUUUGUGUGUCGUCCAAUGAAGAACUUCUUGCUGUAGGAUAUGAAAAUGGUCAAAUAUCUAUUUUUGAACUUCCAGAAUUUACAGAAAGAUGCAUUCUUGACACUGCACUUGAUGAUACAAGGCUGAAGGAGUGGGACGAGUAUGUCAAAUUUAAAUGUCGGUACGACAUCUAUGAUCAUUCAUCAUUUAUAGCAUAUUCUUUUGAACGUGGAAACAUCUGUUGUUGCUCCUUUUCACCUACCGGAAAUAGACUGGUAACUAGUGAUGGAUCAACUAAAGUAAAGUUGUGGGACGUUAACAAUGGACGUUUGUUAUCAUGUUUACAGUCAGAUGAUGUCGUUAAUCACUGCUCUUUCUUAGAUUCUGGUUUGUUUAUUACAGCAAAACAUAGAAGUUAUUCUGAAGAUGUGUUCACUGCAUGGAAUUCAUUAACUUUGCAAAGAAUCGAUCGACGCUGCGUUGUUGAUUACCAAAAACUACAAUGCACCGAUAAAUGUUCAGAGUUCUUUGUUACAGAACUCGUCAAGACUUCGAAUGUUUUUCAAUUCCCAAAGGCAAUCGAAAUAAGUAAGAAGAAUUAUUCAUUACGCUCAUAUUCAUUGACAACCCAUCAUUAUCGUGAUUGUAUUUAUUAUCAUACAAACCAGGUUGUAAAGCAUUCUAAAAUCAUUCAGUUCUCAAAAUACGGCGAUCAAGGCGAAAUCAAGUUUAAUUUACCAUUUGUUGAGUGUCAAUGUGUUCGUAGGUUUGUUGAAAAAGUUCAUCCCAUCUCGUUCAAGGAAUUUUACGUUGUGCCGUAUUUUUCCGGGCUAAAUAUUUUCAAAACUGAUCAUCUUUGGAGACCUUCAUUAAUCUUUGAGAGAUUUGAAAUUAAAUGUUGUUGUUUUUCACCGGAUGGAUCUUUUUUUGCUGCUUUUGCUGUUGGUGACCACGUCAACAUUCAUAUUUGGAGCAUUGAACGUUGCACUAUUAUUCAAACUGUACCAAUGCAACUGAAGGAUGCAGAAGGAUGUUGGUGGUCAGAUGGUUUACUGUGGAUAUGGGAUGGUUCUGAUCAUCUUAUGAAGAUAUCAACUUCGUCUGAAAAUUUUGUAGAUUCUACUCAAGCAAAAUAUGUUAACAUUGGAUUUAAACCUAUGGAAAUCUUAACAUUUGGUGAUGUCUUAGUUUGUAAAGACUAUAAAGGUUUUGUUCAAGUUGUUAGAAUUACCAAGGGUGAGAUACAAUACAACAAAAGACUUCCUGUCGACAGUUUUGAAUUGGAAACAGCAGCUGUAUUCCCUGAUAAUUCUGCUAUUUUAACUGUAAAGGAAAAAGAAUACACAUUAUGGAAAUGGGGAAAUAACAGCAAUGAAUUUUACUUGGAAUCUUGGCAUACUGCAGAAAUACCCAUAACAGCUCUCAUUGAAGAAAUUGAUGUGGAAAGGAUAACUGAAAAUGAUCUAGAGAUCAACUGCGGUAUAAGUGAUAGUAAACAAGCGGUCAUUGUUAUCUCUUUUAGAGGCGACCUUCGCUUUCAAAAUAUAGACGACGAUUACAGCAUAAAUGAUUACGACUAUUUGCGUGACUUAACUGGCAUUUAUGUAAUUAAGGUGCAUGAAAACAAUGACGUGAGUGGGAUUUUGCAUACUAUUGAUAGAAUCUAUUCGUCUAUCACAAUUAUACAUAAAUCAUAUUACAUUGGUGAAGAUGAUUACAGAUUGUUUGCUGCAGAAUUAUGUGAUGGUGAAAUAUGUGCUGAAUUUUACGGAUUUCAUUCUAAAUUUAAUAUAACUAUUCAUUCCAACACAGGAACUUUAGCUUUAGUACUAGAUAACGGAUACGGAAUUCAAUUUUUAAGACUAAAUACCCCCUUAAUGAAUCAAUUAAUUCAAUCUUUGUAGUUAUAUUAAUCUAUUGUAUUUACUAACAUUACAUAUCACUUAAAACGAACAUAAAAAGUUCUUUAUAUCACAAAAGGACAGUUAUUUAUGGUAUCAACAACGAACUCAAAAAUAUUAUAGAAAAAAUUGUCCAUAUCCUUUGUUUUAACCGUGGAAAAACUGUCAGUUUUUAAUUAUGUAAAAAUAUCACUGACAGAGAGAGAGGGAUUAGUUUUUUGUAAUGUCAAGUAAAGAUCUUUAUCAUCCUAUGA